AUUUCCGGUUCUUUGCUACUUCGAUAAACACGGCCGUCUGCCGCUCCCUGCGGCCCGGCCCUUGCCUUGCCCCUCUAGUCAUUGUCAAAAUGGCGGACGGAGGCGUCGAUAUAGAUUUGUACGCUGACGAUAUAGAAUCGGAUUUUAAUAGACAGGAUGAGUUCGGAGGUGAGAAUGUGGAUCUGUACGACGACGUAAUUUCUGCGCCAGCAUCGAAGCCAGAAGAAGGAGAUGGACCACCAAAUGCCCCGCCGUCGCAGCAUCCUCCGGAGGAGACCAACGGCAAUGCUCCUUAUCACAACGUAUCAAACCACGGGCAUCAUGGCGGCCGCCGGGCACAGCUUUACGUCGGAAAUCUCACUUGGUGGGCAACCGACCAAGACAUAGCGAACGCGGUCGCUGAUGUGGGUGUGACCGAUUUCCAAGAUGUCAAGUUCUUCGAAAACAGAUCCAAUGGCCAGUCCAAGGGCUUCUGUGUCAUUUCUCUGGGCUCUGAACAGUCUCUCAGGAUGGUCCUGGACCGUCUGCCUAAGAAAGAAAUUCAUGGACAACACCCGGUUGUCACUCUGCCUACUAAACAGGCGUUGAACCAGUUUGAGAGUCAAUCUAAGACGAGGUCCACUCCACCCGGGCCCAAUAACCCCGGCAUGCGCGGGCCUCCCCAUCCAGGCGGUCCGCCCGGACCCCAUCCAGGAGAUUUCUUCGGCCCCGGCCCCAACGGCCCCGGUCCCAACGGGCCUCGCAUGAUGAUGCCGGGUGGCGGCGGCGGCCACCACCAGAUGCGCGGGCCCCCGCCUGGGCCUCCCCACCACAUGCAACACCAAGGCCCUCCCCCGCACCAUAUGCAGCAUCAAGGCCCGCCGCCGCAUCAGGGGCCGCCGCCACAUCGCCCACCAAUGCAACAGGGUCCGCCGCCUCACCACAUGCAGCACGACGGACAGGGACCGCCGCACAGGCCCCCAAUGCAGUUCCAAGGGCCACCGCAGAUGCGCCCUGGUGGGCCGCGGCCGGGCCCGGGCCCCGAGUGGGGGCCGCGCGGGCCGCCGCACCACAUGCAGCCGCAGCCGCCGCAGCAGUACGGGCCCCCGCAGCACCAGAUGCCGCAUCAGAUGCCGCCCCCGCACCAGCCGGGCCCGGGCGGCAUGCCGCCGCACCACCCGAUGGGGCACGGGCCGGGCGGGCCGGGCCCGCGGGCGCCGCUGCCGCAGCACCCAGGUAUGAACGGUUACCCAGGCGUGGGCCCGGGCGCGCCGGCGCCGCACGUGAACCCCGCGUUCUUCAACCAGCAGCCGCAGCCCGCGCCCGGCCCGCAGCCGCCGCCGCAGCAGCAGCCCCCAGGUCCCGGCGCGCCGUACGGGCACGGGCACGGGCCGCACGCGCCGCCGCCCGCGCAGGGCCCGCCGCCCGGCGCGCGCCCGCAGCCCUACGGCCGACCACCGCAGAGCUACCCCGUGAGCGCGGAGCCGGCGCGCGCGCCGCACCACGCGGCGCCGCUGGCCGCGCACGCGCCGCACCACGCGCCGCUGGCGCCCGCCAUCAGCGAGGCCGAGUUCGAGGAGGUCAUGUCGCGCAACCGCACCGUCUCCUCCAGCGCCAUCGCGCGCGCCGUGUCCGACGCCGCCGCCGGCGAGUACGCCUCCGCCAUCGAGACGCUCGUCACCGCCAUCUCGCUCAUCAAGCAGAGCAAGGUGGCCCACGACGACCGCUGCAAGAUCCUCAUCUCCUCCCUGCAAGACACGCUGCACGGCGUGGAAACCAAGUCGUACAGCAGCACGGAGCGGCGCCGCUCCCGCUCCCGCGAGCGCGAGGCGCGCGCGCACCACCGCGCGCCGCGCCGCCGCGAGCGCUCCGCCUCCCGCUACCGCGACCGCUCCCGCGACCGCGAGGACCGCGACAGGUAUAGGGAAAGGUCGAGGGAGCGUGAUCGCGACCGUGAUGCGUACUACAGGGAUUAUCGGGAACGCGAGCGUGACCGCUCCCGUUCUCGCGACCGCGAACGCGCUGACCAUUACAACCGUGGACACAGCCGAGAAGAAAGUACUAAAAAGAGCUCGUCCCUCAGGCCACGCAAGUCGCCCGUGGAGGCGGUGGCGGAGGGCGGCGCGGGCGACGCGCCGAGCAGCAAGCGCAGCGGCGGCGCGGCGCCCUACUACGACGAGCGCUACCGCGAGCGCCGCGAGCGCGACCCGCCGCCCGCCGAGCGCGACCGCGAGCGCGACCACCGCCGCGACGCCCGCCACUAGGCCCGACUGAUCACGCCCGAUCAAGACGAGAUUAGCGCGCUUGCGAGUAUCGAGCUCUAGUGCAUUAGGGAGAUCGUUCCAGUCGCCUCACUUUCCUAGUCUAUUGACGAAUUGGCUGUAGUUUUUUUUCUGCCUUUUUUAAAACAUUGUCCACGAAAGCUAUUAGGAAAAAGUGCUCAGAUUAUGAGCCAGAUUCACAUGAAUUACUUUGUGAACGUAAAAUUAUUGCGCUUAGUUGUGAUGCGCGGCGCUUGUCCUGUCUGAACUUGGCUCGUCUUAAUCAAUUGCUAAUGACGGACGCUUUCUCUUGUCUUUAUCGUGUUAUAAUCGUGACUGUGGCAUUGACAAUGUCUUGACGUUGCCUCUUGUUGACGUAAACAAAUAUCACAGAUCGGAAGUGAGGUCGUAUCUGUCGUAAGUAAAAAAAAGUGGAUGGUAUUCCACCUGUCCAAUUUAUUUGUCCGAUGUGCAUUGCGUCUCACUCUCUCAUUAAGCAAAAUGUGAGAUUCAAUUACUCAUUGGACAGGUGGAAUACCAUCCUAAGAUACGUUUGCAGCAGUUGAAAACCUGCUGCAUUAUGAACAUCGACUUGCAACUACUGUUUACAUAAUACCCAGAACUCUAUAAAUGUUCAAUGUAAGACAUGUUUCAUUUUAUAUACGGAUCAAGUUUGAUAUAUGUUAAAUAUUAUUAUGUUUAAGUACAGUUUUUUCCAUGUCCUGCUGUGUUUUGUAUUUCUAGUGAACUUGUUUAUUUCGCUACACCAAAAAUCAAUGCAUUAACUAUGAUCGGAUUACUAAGUUAGUCUUACUGUGACAUGUCGAACAUUGAACAAUAACAACGUAGAGAUUCAAGUUGCAAAUCGCAAAAAGUGAAAGAGUUGUCCGUCGUGUUCGUAAAUAUUUGUAUAUUGACUAAAUAAAUUAUGUAGCCACAAUAUGUCGUAUAAAAAAACGCUGUUUUACCAUCUUCGUCGCUAGAAUGACCACUGUAAUAACCCCUAUAUUAAAUUUACUUUUGUAUUGGAACAACAUUCCAUAAUUGGACUCCUGGGGUUUAGGAUUAUUGUAACUACGUGAGAAUUCACCGUUAAAGAGCUGAAUCUAUUUUCUUAUUGCACAUAUGUGAAUUUAUUGUAAUUUUGCAAUAGGGAAAUCGAUUGAUACCUCACUAGGUUUUAGUCAUAGAUUUUAAGAUUUCUUUGUAUGGACUGCUCCAUACAUAAUAGUUAUAUGACACUGAUGAUCUUAGGAUUUACUUUACAUAAAUGAACAUAAAUAAAAUUGAUGUUUUAAUAUUCAUAA